GCGCUCGAGAGGACGUAAAGGGGCGGGGCGCGCCGCGCUCGAGAGGACGUAAAGGGGUCGAGGGCGCGUCACGGCGGCCGGCGGCCGGCGGCUGGCGGGCGCCGGCGCCAUGGAUCGCUACGCGGGCUCCUUGGAGGAGGUGGCGGAUGGGACCCGGCAGCAGGAGCGGCACUACCAGCUGCUGUCGGCGCUACAGAGCCUAGUCAAGGAGCUGCCCAGCUCCUUCCAGCAGCGCCUGUCCUACACGACGCUCAGCGACCUGGCCCUGGCGCUCCUCGACGGCACCGUGUUCGAGAUCGUGCAGGGGCUGCUGGAGAUCCAGCACCUCACCGAAAAGAGCCUGUAUAACCAACGCCUGCGGCUGCAAAACGAGCACCGAGUGCUCAGGCAGGCGCUACGGCAGAAACACCAGGAAGCCCAGCAGGCCUGCCGGCCCCACAACUUGCCCGUGCUGCAAGCGGCUCAGCAGCAUGAGUUGGAGGCAGUGGAGCACCGGAUCCGCGAGGAGCAGCGGGCCAUGGACAGGAAGAUCGUUCUGGAGCUGGACCGGAAGGUAGCCGACCAGCAGAGCACACUUGAGAAGGCAGGGGUGGCUGGCUUCUACGUGACCGCCAACCCGCAGGAGCUGACUCUGCAGAUGAACCUGUUGGAACUCAUCCGGAAGCUUCAGCAGAGAGGCUGCCAGGCCGGGAAGGCAGCCCUGUGACUGGGUGAGGUCCCUGCCAGCCACUCACUGCCCAGUGUGGCUGGGUAGGCAGCCUUGUCCCAUUGCCACAGGUAGCAGCAAGCUGAACAGAGCUUGUCUUCCCAGUGUGCGGCUGCUGUCUUUUCAGCUGCCUGCAGCAGCUGCCCUUCUGAGGAGAGGCCAGGUGGAUCCUGGCUGCACCUGUCACUUGUAUGGGUUUUUCUGUCCAAACUCUAGGAUGGCAUCAUAAAGGGGAGGUAGGUCUAGCUAGUCUGCCCACUGUCUGCCCCAGGGCUGGAGCAGAGUGGGUCUGGAGGUUUUAGCACCUCUUCACUCCACUGGGCACACCUGACCUCCACCAGGCCCAGGCUUCACACUUGUUCUGGUCUUAGCCCCUCCUUUGGCAGCUGCAGCUCCCCGGGUGGAAGAGAAAUAAAAUAAAGACACCCGAAUAUGUGGCUUGUA